UCCCCCUGCCUGCAGAACUCCCCCACUCCGGAGCCUGAUAUCUUCUCACUCCAAACGGUCCUGUCCCUUCCGAGGGUGUGAGGAGAAUACACAGGCGAAAUGGCGAGACUUGUGUUCGUUCUCUCGUUCCUUCUCUUCUUGCUAUCAGGGGCUAUGGCUGCAACCUUCACCUUGACAAACAACUGCGAGUACACCGUAUGGCCCGGCGUGCUUUCGAGCGCUGGCACGGCCCCGCUGUCCAUAACGGGAUUCGCGUUGCAGCAGGGCGAGUCGCGCAGCCUCGACGUGCCCGCUGCAUGGUCCGGCCGCUUCUGGGGCCGCACCCUCUGCGCCGCCGACGCCAGCGGCAAGUUCAGCUGCGGCACCGGCGACUGCGGGUCCGGCGCGGUGGAGUGCUCCGGCAGCGGUGCUGCCCCCCCCGCCACCCUCGCGGAGUUCACGCUCGACGGCAGCGGUGGGAUGGACUUCUACGACGUCAGCCUCGUGGACGGAUACAACCUGCCGAUGCUGGUGGUGCCGCAGGGCGGCUCCGGCGGUGCCUGCAGCUCCACGGGCUGCCUGGUGGACCUUAAUGGGGUCUGCCCGUCGGACCUCAAGGUGGUGCUCCCGACCUCCGAAGGGGGCAGCGAAAGCGUGGCGUGCCGGAGCGCGUGCGAGACCUUCGGGUCGCCGCAGUACUGCUGCAGUGGCGACUACGGGAACCCCAACACCUGCAAGCCGUCUUCCUACUCCCAGUUCUUCAAGAACGCGUGCCCCCGGGCGUACAGCUACGCCUAUGACGACGCCACUUCCACUUUUACCUGCGCCUCCGCCAACUACCUCAUCACCUUCUGCCCCAGCACCACGAGCCAGAAAUCGUCGGACUCGAAUCCGGAGGCGGCAGGCAUUCCGUCGAGCAACAACAGUACCAUGAUCUACAGCAGCGAGGAAGUCAGCCACGCCACGCCCACGGUGCCGCGCGUGGCCGUCGCCCUUGCCCUCGCCGUUGUCGCCUUGUGUCUCGGCUUUUAGCGCGGCGGCCGCGCCGAGGCCACUGGCGGGCCCAGGGUUCACAUGCCCUCUGCCACUUCUGGGACGCCUAAGACUACCACCAAUCACAUUGUAACGUAACCAGAGCGAGAAGGAGUGGGAGAGACGUUACCGGUGGGGACGCCAAGCUGCCAUCCAUCUCCCAUCGCUCAGUUCCCUCGUCCUCUCCAACGCUCACAUAAGAUCAUGAACAAUACUGGAUCUCGCCUCAUCUUGCUUGCCUCGUGAUUGGAGUCGGCGAUGAAGACCGGCUCUAUCUUUACGCGAGUCUUGAAGCUGACAUGCGUCGGAGCUGCUACUGCUUGCCUUCUAAUCAUCUUCUCAGCGGUUGGGUCAUUCUUUGAUCUCUCUAGUUAGCUUUUGGGUUAUAUUUUGGUUUAUUUGAGUCGCUUUCCGGGAUGGAUGGGGACAUCCUUACGGUAGGAAUUAUAUGUUUUUCUUUCUUUGUUGCUAAGAACCAUUAAAAUAUAUUAUUUAUUAAGACGUUCA